CCAGAACGCCGGUAAACAAUCGUUCGCGCCCUACCGUCAAGGCAGCAGCAUCGCUGCCCGGAGCGCUCCGAUAUUCCGUACCUUUUAGCGCGUAUUGGUGAACCGGACGCGGUGAUUUUUUUUGUUUCACAGUGAAUGCCGCCGCACACGUGGUGGACAUGUGUUUCUAACGUUAUUAAUUGUUGCCUGGACCGCCGACGCUAAUUGAUUGUCGAUUUGUCCGAUACGGGGUACACGUGAAAACUUUUUGUUUACGGUUUGAUUUUCGGUAAUUUUGUGCGUUCGCGAUCGGGGUUGUUCGCAACUUUCGUGGUUGGUUUUUGGUGGUAGGAAUUUGCGGAUAUACUGUCAAGAUGAGUACAGAUAUAUCGAAAAGCUUUCACCCUGGUAAAAGAAGAGGUACUCCUAUUCCAGUGGCGCCUCCUAGGAUUCCAACACCUAUGCCUGUACCUAACAACAACAAUAGUUCUAACAAUAAGACUUCUUCGCAAACGAGAGAACAACACAAUCGGUCCCAUCCCACGUCAGCUGUCCAAGACAUCCCCAAGCUUAUCACAAAGCCGACAUACAGGUUACUAGAUAACGAUGUCAAAACUGCGUGGAUCAAUCCCAGGCUCAUCUCCAAGAUCGAUCUGGAAGCCAUCAAAACCACCGACUACAUCCCGCCGCCCGAGAGGAACAUGAACGGCCACUACAGCCACAACAUAUCGCACCAGAAGCAGUCCCUGAACCACGGAAGAACUGGCGCGAAAGAGUGGGAGAAUCCUGUCAAUGAGCGCACGAAGCUCCAUCAUCGUCCUGCUGGCGUGGUCGCAGCAACUUCGCACAACAACUCAGUGCCUGCCCCAACUCAGUUCGCUCAAGACGCAUCCGCCAAGCGCAGGAGGACCACGAGCGGCGCGAAAUCCAAAACCGCGGGGGGCAUGGACCCCCAAACGCGCUCCCACAUACCGAUGCGGACCGGCAAAACCAGGCCGCAAACUCAAAAAACGAACGUUCCUGCUGCCUGUCCGAAAAAUGACAAGGGCAAGGGGGUCGUUUAUCAAAGUGCCGCGGCGUGCUACGUGGGUUCGGGGAUACCAUCGGUAUCGUCGGGGGUGAAUGGGGGUGGUGUUGGUGGAGUGUACGGUGUUUAUUCCGAGACUAAGUACACUUUCGCUGUGAACGGUUUACCGGGGAAUUUGGCGCAGGCAUCGGCCGCUGCUGCGUUUUUUGCAAGGGCGGCACAAAAACUCAACCUUUCUUCCUCUCCGCACAGACGAAAACGUUACAACUCUGAUGAUGGUGAAGCGACAGGUUUCUGUGGCGUUCUACAAAGGAGCCCCCCUCCCGUGCCUCCUGCACUGCUCAGGAGAUUGGGGGUGAGGGAAGUCACAGGAGUUGGCAAGGUUAAAGUCAUGCUCAGAGUAUCAGACCCUACUGGAGCUUCACCUGGUGAUUCGGGAUGUUCAAAUAGUUUCUUCAGUUUGGAUAAGAGAAAGAAACAAGUGACCCUUAUAGAUCCUUCCUCUUGUGGUAACUCAGCGGCACCAGAAGAUCGGAGGGUUGGGGUGGCAGCGCCAAAGAUGUUUGCCUUCGAUGCCAUUUUCUCCCAAGAUGACUCACAAACUGAAAUAUGUUCAGCGGCCUUAACUGACGUCAUUCAUGCAGUAAUAAAUGGAAUGGAUGGUUGUUUAUUCUGUUUCGGACAUGCUGGAUUAGGAAAAUCUUAUACCAUGUUAGGAACACCAGAUAGUGCCAAUACGCUGGGCGUCAUACCAUGUGCGAUAUCGUGGCUCUUCAAAGGAAUCAACGAACAGAAAUUGAAGACAGGUGCCAGAUUUUCGGUGAGGAUAUCAGCAGUUGAAAUAUGCGGACCAACCAAUCAGAUGCGAGAUCUACUGUCAGGCUAUUCGAACGACUCGGAACAAUCUCCGGGGGUUUAUUUGCGAGACGAUCCCUUAUUUGGAAACCAGCCGCCACACUGCGAGCUAAGGGUUCCAACUGCGGAGAAAGCAGCGCACUACUUGGAUGCUGCACUGGAAGGAAGGGCUCCGACGAGGGAAGACUCCAGGGAUUCGCAUCUUCUUUACACUUUGCAUGUGUAUCAGUACAGUGUUGCCGGAAAAGGAGGGGUCGCUGGAGGGAGAAGCCGCCUACAUCUGAUUGAUCUCGGAAACUCGGAAAGAAGCAAAGCAAGCGGUGGAAUUCCACUCUCAGGGGUAGGAAAUAUCCUACUUGCAAUAUUCAACGGUCAGAAACAUCUUCCCUACAAAGAGAAUAAACUGACUCACUUACUGAAGGAUUGCUUGAGCUCCCUCACAUGCCAUGCCGCCAUGAUUGUUCAUGUUUCACCACGAGCCCAAAAUUACUCAGAUACGCUGACCACAGUACAACUGGCCUCAAGAAUACAUCGGAUGCGUAGAAGAAGAAUAAAAUUCGUAUCAUCAGCUGCAGGAAAUGGAUCUGGUGGAAGUUCAGGUGAAGAAGCCACAAGAACAACAGGAACUAGCAGCGAACCAGACCCCUCAAGCAGCGAUCUGUCGGCAGAUACUGUCAUCUACGUAGGCCCAGUCGACGACGCAACUGACGGCGAACAUCCCCCUGUAUACAUUCCGAGUUUAAAUUCUGGAGAUAAUCGCUGUUCGAUGAGCAAGGCCCUACGCGGCUCGAGUGCAGAACAAAGGCCGUCCAAGAACGCAACAAGUUCGAAAGCUGACGAAAAGGUGCUCAGUCAUCGUCCCUCCAUUAAAACAACGUGCCAAAGUAAUAAAACCUCACCGGGACGUACGAACUCCCCCAAAUCUUCCCCGAACAGGGCGGCGUCGAAAAACAAGCCAGAAAUCAAGCAUCCCAUAACCGGGGGCAGCGAGGAGCAGUGGAUAGACGGGCCAAGAAUAUCCAAGUCUAAGGUGGCCGAGGCCAGACAUUUCAUCAAGGAACCCUGUCAUAUCAAAAAGAGGGAAACGUGGAUCGAUGGACCGAUGCAGCAACAAUCCACACCAUCUACUUCAGACAGGGGCGGUUACGGUUAUAUGGACAGUCACAAGAAGAACAUGAUACGAAAGUGGGUCGAACACCAAACGUCCCAAAUACAGAGGACGAAAUAUGGAAAGGUUCCGGAUAAAUUACAAAAAGAACCUGUGAAAGAACUCACGCAAUUCAAGACAUACGACGAAGAAAUAGUCAAACCGUUAGAUACGAAACGACAUGAAAUAGUCGAGGAAUCAGUCAUUCGGACUGGUCUCAAAUUGAAUCAAGUUUCUAACGACUCGAUUCCAGAAUGUAAGGAAGAGAAGGAACUUUCCAGGCAAGAGGAAGACGAUCAGGACGACGAAGAGGAAGCUGUGGAAAUACCACCAGCUCUUCCACUCAUACAACCCCUUAGCAGCAGAGAAGUUUCAUUGGAAAGUCUCGAUAUGCUGCUGAAAGAAAGGAUGUUGUCUAAUGCAGAGUAUAACAAUUACCAAAACAGUUGUUAUGAAGACCAAGCAGAAAGUGAAGAAGACGAAAUCCUGGAAAUAAUAGAAGUUGAGGAACCUCUUGAACCUGUCCCAACUCAAGAUAGUUGUCUCCAAGUGACAGAGGAAGACAUCGCAUUAUGUAUGGGAUACUCCGAGAACCCUCUACCCGAAGUAGACCAAGAAAAUCCUUUAGACCACCCUCUCAGGAUACUCAGCCAAGAAAACCUGACUGUCGUAUCCACUUUCACAGACUCGAUGUCUGUUUACACCGAUUUAGAAAGGAUAUUACCACGACAUAGGUAUGAUUCUAGGUACCGAACGUACGAUAACGAUGAUUACGAGGAUCCAGAUAAUCCAAUUCAGCGAAAUGGCAAUCUAGACGAAACGACGAGAAAAAAAUUCGAUCAACUUGCGAAACUCCACGAACUCUUCACCAACCGAUUAGCCAGAGCUAAUGUAGCGAAUUCAGAAACAUAUCAGAAGCAGAAACAAAAUCAAAGAUCUCUCACACGUUGUGAGUCAUUAACAUUCAACGAGAUGCUGUAUGGCGAAAACCAGGACAACAAUAGCGUUUACAGCGAACCAGCCUACAUACAGGAAAAAUUUUGCGAAAACUGUAAAAUAAAUAUGAGCAGACCAGCAACUGCUCAAAAUUGGUAUAUGGAUCCUUUUUUAUCGGCCAGUACGCAAGACCUCUCGAUGGUCCAAACCAAGCCACCGCAAGUGGGCGGCAGGUUCCAGAGGUAUUGCCAUAAUAAUUACUCGAAUUUUCCGAGAGAAAACCUUUCUAACCUUCGUCAUCCUGACGGUGCUUCCAAUCCGAAUCUUCAAGAAGAUUCGAUCAGAAUGCCAGGAAACGGAUCUUCGUCUGAAAAUGAGAGGAAAAAAAGCUUUCCUAACGAUUCUAUAGUUACCCAACCUCUGCCUCCGCCCAACAGUCUUCCAUCUGUUGAACGGAUGAACAGGGCCGUACUUAGCAUAGAAUCAGGAAUUACUUCCAUUAAAUUAACGCAUAAGUCUGAGGGAUACGACAGUGGUCACGACUCCACUCCCAGAACAUCGAAACAUAGUCCAGCGGCCAUUUCUAGAAGAGCUGAGAGCGGAUACGACAGUGUUGUGAGAGACAGUGAAAGUUCUAGUAUAGAUUCAGAAACGAGUCGCUUGUCACACAAUGUUCAUGGUAGGAGGGGAAAGUGCAAGCACAAACAUGAAAAAUCUUUUUGUUCCUGGUUUCUCAACCCCUUCACCUGUAAAUACAUAGAUGAGCCACCUGAAACUCACUUUUAACUCUCAUUGUUAACUUUGCUAUGAUUUGUUUUUGUAAUCUCAGGAAAGUGAGGGCUGUAUUUGAUUUUUCUAUCCAUACCAAAUAUGAAUUGAUUAAGAACUUGUCAUAAGAUUUCAAGUGUCUAACAACACACAUUCAAAUUCUACUUCAUAUUUGGGUAUUAUCCCAACAAUGCACAUAUUUGGACUGUUAAAAACCAUUUCUGAAUCUCGAAACAAUCUUAAGUGUGGAAGGCAGACAUUGUGAAUGACUAAUAUAAAUGAUCUUAAACAUUGAGAAAAUGAACUCUUUCGGAAGAUUGUAACUGAUGCUUGACUAUUGUCGUUACUGGACUAUGAAAUCGAAUAUUUUUCUAACCUGUAGCAGAUCUUGUACUCACAAUUUACACUUAAAGCGCUUUUUGAUGUGGCAGUAAACGAAGAUUAAAAUUCGAACUUAUACCAUGCGCAAAAUACCUUUUUUCAUUUGAUUUUCGACAUAUGCAUAUUCAUCAUCUUUCUACAAGAAAAAGUAAGGACUAUAAUAAUAUAUAUUCAAAUUCAACCAUCUGAUCCAAUAAAUUGUGAUUCCUUGAAUAAAACCAGUGUAUACGUUGAAAUGUGUCAAAUUUUUCGAAACCAAUUGAUGGUUACUCCGAAACUCAUAUCAGUUUUAAUUGAAUUUAUAAAAUUUUACUUUUGUGUAUAUAUUUCGGCAUUUCGCAACAGAGAGACUGAGAAACACAUCCAAACUCCAUCAGUGUAACUGGAGGUAUUUUAACUUUCUUUUAUGAUAAUCUGCUCAUAACCUAGUAAUCCUUAAUUACUGCCUUUUUACACGAAUAAGAAAUCCAAAUCAACCAAUUCUUAUGAAUAGACGUCGAACAUCGAAGCAAAACUUUCGGUCUAUUUUCUGAUACAUAUUUUGAAGAAUCAUCGAACAAACCGCAUCUCUAUCUGCACUUCUUUUGAUUUCAGCAUAUCAAAAAUUAUUUAUGGGAUCAAACAAAUAUCUUGCCAACGCAUCAUUUCCAGGAAAAGACUGUCUCUUUCGAUCUCCUUCUCAUAUUUUCGUAUUAGGAUUUUCUUUCAUUUCUUACUUAUCAUUAUUGAUUUGUGAUAUCGUUAUUUUACUCUAGAAUAAGCAUAUUGCCUUCAUUUUUGAAUUUCUGAAAUUUGUACAUUAUUGUAUAUUCAUGUAUUUAUUUCGUUUUGAGGUUGUUAUUGAAAUGAAUUAUUUACGUUCAUUUGUAAAAUAGCUGUUAGAACUGAUUGCAGUUGUAUUGAGUAUUCAAAUAAAAUAUUUAUCAAUA